GUUGGGCAUGGAAAUUGUCAAAUGAGAGAUGCGAGAAUGCUGCAAACGGAUGUGCCCACACCAGCAAUAACAGCAACUACGCCAACAACACCAACAACAAUGACGCAGAUGAGCCAGAAUAUGAGUACUAAAAUAGACAUGGACUCGCCACGGACAGUUGAGACUGCUAAAAAUGAUGAUGUUUCGUCUGAUGUCGACGAUGUACUUAAGACGACGUGUGAUAAUGAACUUAAUGCUCAUGAGCAAACAUUAAACUUGAACGUGGAAGCUGAAGGCGUUGGCGAGCGAAAGGAAAUCGAGCAUCAACAGGCGGAAAAUUUUAAUGACGCCUUUGGGCGGCGACACGACAACAACGACAACAAAGGCGAAGGCGACGACGUUGACGACGACGCCAUGAAUGCGAUGAGUACGAGUAUUAAUGCCAAAAAUAAACGCGAAAUAUGCGAGCAAAGCAAAUUAGAGACGACGGCGGCAGCUCAUAAUGAGCUAAAUAUGACUAAAGAGCAGCAGUCAAUAUGCUUAGCAAGUGAGCAAAUUCAAAGUCAAACAAUAGGGGAGCCAACAGCAGCAGCAACAUCAACAGCAGCUGCCUCCAAUCGUCAGCAGCGAAUCUCAGACGCGCGCGGAUCGUCGCCAGAGCAAGUGGAUGGUCAGCAACGGCAACAAAUUGCCAACGAUUGCCAACCCGUCAAAUUCAACGUAACCCAAACCGAUACCGAGCCAGCAACGUCGUCAUCGUCAUCAUCGUCGGGGCAUCCAAGUAUAGAAUUCCUCAAGUGUGCGGUACGCGAAUUGUUAGAAGUAAGCGGCGCCAAUAGUUUUCCGGUUGUCGAUCUUGAUUUGCUUGAUCUAUUAAGUGAAUUGCUGCAAUUGAUUGUUACGCCCAUCAAUACGGGUAACUUUUGGAGCGAGCCGUUGAUUGAACAGGUGGCAAGUGAAUGUGUGGACAUGACUGUGAGCAAAGUGAGUGAGGAGAGUGAAGCAACAGCCGCCGUUGUUGAUAUUUAUAGCGAGCAAAUUGAGCAGCCAAGUGAAUUGGAUGAUAGCAACAACAACAGCAACAACAACAGCAGCAGCAACAAUAAUCAGUGUGUGGACAUGAAGUACGACGUUUUAAGGAGCAGCUCCCGCUUGCCAGAAACUCUGCCUAGCCGGCUGUCCAGCACAGCAACAGCAAUUGCCCCUGCAACGAGUCGUAUACGUGAUGUGGUGACACCAACAGUGCCUUUAGUCACUGCAGCAGCAGCAACGAGUCGCAUACGUGAUGUGGUAAUACCAACAGUUGCACCAAUCACAGCAGCAACGAGUCGUAUACGUGAUGUGGUGACACCAACAGUUCCUCUAGUCACUGCAGCAACGAGUCGUAUACGUGAUGCUGUUGUACCGACGGCAACCACAGUGCGUCCUCUUUUAAGCGAACUAAAGCGCAACUCCUCGAGUCGUGAUGAUGUCUCAAUUGAUGUCGAUUCCCUGUUGCCGGAACGAACACGCUUGCGACGCCAACGACGCAUGCGAUCACAGGAUUCGGUCGAGGAGAAGCCCGAGGAUGUCAUAGAGCGGUUGAACAAACUAAAAGAGCGCAUUUCGGGAGCUCUCAGUGAGGUGAAGGGAGUGCUCAAGCAAUACAGCACAGAGAGUGAGGCAGAGGCAGCCGGAGAGAAAUGGUUGGGACCGCCAACUUCAUCCCUACCGAAAGUGGAGAAUGAGCCGGAGGCAGGGCAACCUGUACAGUUUCGUUUUGUAAAGAAAUUACGCAGACGUAGCUACUUCGAUGAGGCCGAUGAGGAGAAGAUACAGGAAAAGGAACAGUCUACGGCAGAAAACACAAAGGAUAACGAGAGCCAGACUAAAUCUGAAAAGGAGUCUGCAGUGGAAACUACAACUAAAGCUAGCAAGGAACAGGAGCUAACUAAAGCAAAUCAAGCAAGUAAAACUAAGGAGAAGGACGAGUUAAAAAAGCCAAGAGAAGAAGAGGCAGAGCAGAAAAUAAAUAAAACAGUCACCACAGCCAAAGAAGAGAAGGAACAGCCCUUAAAGACACAGGAAAAACAGGAGCAGACGAAAGUUAUAGAUGCUAGUCUAUCAGCCAAAAUCGAAGAAGAGAAGAAGAAAAGUCUUAAAGAAACUGAAGAACCAAUCAAAGCCAAAGAAGAGAAGCAGCAGCUAAAGGAACAACAGGACAAGCCUGCAAUCAAUGGAGAGUUACCAUUAAAAACCGUUCAAAAGGACAAAGUGCAGGCCAAGAUAGAGUUUCUGGCCAAGGUGCAAAGCGAACUCAAGUCAAAGCCCAAGACAAAAGAAGCACCUACCGUCAAGGAGCAGUCCCAAGAAGCCAUUGGAGCAGCAGCAGCAACAAAUCAACAACCGCAACCCGUUGAAGCAGUUGAGGCGACGCCCCAAACAGCAACAUUGCCAAAGGAAUCCGCAACGCAGCCUGCGAAUUUAGAUGAAGGCACAAAACUUGCAGCUUCAGAAACAACAGCAAGUGUUGGCACCAAAAAGAAGACCAUUGUUAAGUUGAGGAAUCCGCGACGUGCAUCAAUUGCUGCCGUGGAGCCAUCGAAGAUUGUGCCUGAGCCCGUGCAGAUCGAUGCACUGGCACAAAGACGACCCUCCGACUCGGAAGCGAUUGUUAAGCGCAAGAAGAAGCUGAAUUUAACGAGCAGCGUUACAAAUGUGACAGGCAAGCCAACAACUUCCGGCACAACAGCAGCAGCAACACAGUUGCAAGAGCAGCAGCAGCAGCAGACGGUGAUAAAUGAACAACUUGUAGCUGCAAAGGUCGACGGCAAUGUUAACACUGCCAAACGCGAAACAAAACCAAUUGCCAAAAGUGUUGAGCGAGAUGAGAAGAGGAUAGAAGCAGCAACAGCAGCGGCAGCUACAGCGCCAGCAGCAGCUACAACGACAACAGCAACAGCAACUGCAGCGACAGCAACUGUGACAGCGGCGCCAAAACAAUUGCCAAUCGAUCAGCUUGCCAAUAAAGCAACAGCCAGCGAGCAGAGCAGACGCGCCAGCCUGAAACUAGCGGAGUUAGUUGGUGAAACGGUGCUGGUGGUGCCCACAGCAACCACACAGGACUUAACAGCAACAGCAGCAGCAACAACAACUGCAGCAACAACAGAGACAGUGUCAACUGUAAACAGCAGUUCAUUUAGCCAGUCCAAAGAACCCAUUAAUCAGCCAGCAAUUAUCCCGGCAACACAGCAAAAACAAGUGGUUGUACACGCUGACAUUGAAGUCGCCCCCGUCGAUGUUGUUGUCUCAUCGACGCCACAAAUAGCAGCGACAUUGAGCGAAGUGCCGCACGACGAGUCAUCGUUACACAAACAACAACAGCAACAACAACAACACAUAGAUCAAGAGCAGCAACAACUAGUGGAAGCUACAAAAGACAACGCACAGGAGCAAUCUGACGACAGUCUAGUCGUCAUGCCAGAGCUGAAAGUACUCGCCGGGCCAGUGCAGCCUGUGAAAAUUGAAACGGUUGAACAACCACACGAUGAAUCCGAUCUAUCGGUAAUCAAAAAGAAGUCGCCGCAUCUGAAGAAACUGGUGCGCAAAAGUUCCAUAGACAAGGGCAAGGAGAAGGUGAAUGAGUCGGCCAAGUUGACCAAUAUACUCAAGGAUAAGAACAAGAUCAGCAAUUUAACAGACAGAAUCAACAAGGCAACGCCGCCUAAGAAACAAACAAAGGCAGCAAAGGAACAGGCAGCAGCAACAGUUGCAGACACAGAACAACAACAGGAAAAUGCUGAGAAGGAGCUGCAGACAGAGACAGCGACAGAGCCGGAGUCGGAGUUGGAACCACAACCGGAUGCUGCGGCAGCACCUAAACCAAAGAAACCACGACAGAUAAAAAAGAAAGUGAUUAUCAAACGGCAGAAGCGACGACUCUCCAUUGGCGACACAUUCUUCAUACAACAGGAGCCGGAGGAGCCCAAAGUACCCGAAAUUGAGACAAUCGAGAAAGCCAUUGCCUAUGUGACAGACGAUGAGGAUGAUGUUGAGCCCGAGCCGGAACCAGAGCCAGCCAAGCCACUGAAAUCCUGCCUACAUGUACGCGAAUAUAAAAUCGGAGAUUUGAUUCUCUAUGCGGAGCGUUAUCGGAAGACACAGGUGCGCUGGAAACGGGGACGAGUGUUGGAGCGCAUCACCAGCAUUUCGUAUAAGCUGGAGAUUGAGGGCAAAGAGGUGCCAGCCCACAUAAGCUAUAUUAAGAAGUACACCGGCAGGAAGGUGAAAUUUGUGGGUAAGGAGUAUCUGGAUAUCGACUACGAGCAGGUUGUCGAGGAGGAGCGACGUGCACGCAGCUACAGCAUAUGGAAUAUGGUCUAAAAACAAAAAAUAACCAAAUUACAACUGGAACAUCAUGUGUAAGUGUCCCACAAAUUGUGAUCGUCGCCCUCGGCCUCAGCCUUUGAGUGGAAUUAAAGAAUUCGUUGUUAGCGCAACGAUAUUUUUUAAGGAUCUCAAAUAAUGACAUUCAGUUAUGUUAUAGUGUAUAUGUCUCUAGAUAGUUAUGUAUAUAUGUACUCGUACCACCUAAUAUUAUCAUUAUGUUAUGCUACCGAUCUAUAUCUAUGUAGUUUAGUUAUCCUAGUGUUAGACAUAUAGAGCUCUAAUAUUUUGUAUGUAAAUUGUACGUAAAUUAUUCCAAGAACUCAGCAACUCGUUUGAUUCAAACAUAAAUAAAAUGGCGUUGUUCGCUGCAAAAGUAACGAGUGUCUAUAAAAAGUAACGAAUUUGUUAUAAAAUUUAACGUUGCGCUUUUCGUUUUAAAAGUUUAGUUUACAUUUUAAGCAACUCAUAAUGAAACAACAUAUUAAUUGUUAAAUAAAAGAUUUGAAAAAAUAUUU